AUGGCUGGCAAGACUACCGCUCAGUACGGCGCCUGGAAGAGCCCCAUCUCGACAGACCUCGUCCUCGCUUCCGCCGUCUCGCUCGCCGAGCCAAAGGUUUCCCCCACUCGGUCCGCUCUCGCCUGGCUCGAGGGACGCCCGCAGGAGAAGGGACGCAGCGCCAUCGUCUACCAGAAGCUCCAGGGCGGAGAACAGGAGCAGGUCCUGCCCGACGCGAAGUGGAACGCCAGGACAAGGGUCCAGGAGUAUGGCGGCUCGUCGUGGUCAUUUGAGAGCGACGACUCAAUCCUCUUCUCGUCGAUGGAGGGUCCCGCUUACCGCGUCAAGAGGUCUGCCGACGGCAAGUGGAGCGAGCCUGAGCAGGUCACUCCCGAAAGCUCCGUCCUCCGCUACGCCGACUUUGCUCCUCACCCCUCGCCUUCGCUCUCCUCCUCGCUCACCCUCUCGAUCCUCGAGGACCACACGAACGACACUCCCGCGACCGUCGUGACGACUCUGGUCGCGCUCUCGACCUCGGACCGCAAGUACUACGAGGUAGCGUCGGGCGCCGAUUUCUACGCGGCCCCCGAAUGGUCGCCUUCCGGCAAGUACAUCUGCUGGGUGCAGUGGAUGCACCCCGACAUGCCGUGGGAGGGCAGCGAGCUCUACGUCGCACGCGUCAACAAUCCCGAAAAGCCCGAUGCUGCGAACCUCAUCGACCAGGCCUCGAUCCGCAAGGUCGCUGGCAAGCCCAAGAACGGCGAGUCGAUCUCGCAGCCAAGGUGGGCCGAGGGAGACAAGGACACGCUUGUCUUCCUCAGUGACCGCACGGGCUUCUACGAGCUGUACAAGUACGAGCCCGAAGGCGACAAGGAGGUCAAGCUUCUCCUCAAGGAGCCGACCGGCGCAGACGUCGGCGGUCCCGACUGGGUUCUCGGUCAGCAGACGCACAUGCCGCUCUCGUCAACUCAGUGGGUCUCGAACGCGUCGGGCGGCAAGUUGCGCAUCAUCUCGCUCGCGGACGGCUCGUCCGAACUCGUCGACACGCCUUACGUCUCGGUCGGCCAGGUCGACGUCGUUUCGCCUACUCAGGUCGCUGUCCUCGGCGCCCCUGCGACCGCACCGAGCGUCAUUUCGCUCCUCGACCUUCCGAAGGGAAGCGGCGAGGCAAAGGAGAAGGUCCUCAAGGUCUCGUCUUCCGCCUCGGUCGACUCGGCAUUCAUCUCCAAGGGCGAGAAGAUCGAGUACCCGACUCGCGACGGCUCGAAAGCGUACGGCCUCUUCUACGCCCCCUCGUCCGGCAGCCAUGUCGCCCCGGAAGGUUCGCUCCCUCCCCUCGUCGUACGCUGCCAUGGCGGACCCACCGCCAGUGCCCGUCGCGGCCUCGACUGGAUGAUUGCCUUCUUCACCUCGCGCGGAUUCGCCUACGUCGACGUCGACUACGGAGGUUCGACCGGCUAUGGAAAGGAGUUCCGCGAGAGGUUGUCGGGAACUUGGGGUAUUGUCGAUGUUGAGGACACGAUAAGUUGCGUCGAAUGGCUUGUUCAGCAGGGCAAGGUCGACAAGUCCAAGGUCGCCAUCACCGGUGGCUCGGCAGGUGGCUUCACUGUCCUUGCCUCGCUCUGCGACUCGAAGGUCUUCACCGCCGGCACGUCGAGCUACGGCGUCUCGGACCUCAAGCUCCUCGCCGAGGACACGCACAAGUUCGAGUCGAACUACCUCUUCAAGCUGCUCGGCGGAACGCCUGCUGAGGUCCCGAAGAACUACCACGACCGCUCGCCCAUCUUCAAGGCCUCUCAGAUCACCGCCCCGCUCCUCCUCCUCCAGGGCACCGAAGACAAGGUCGUCCCGCAGUCGCAGGCCGAAACGAUGCUCGAGGAGGUCAAGAAGAACGGUUCGACGUGCGAGAUGCUCCUUUUCGAAGGCGAGGGCCACGGAUUCCGUGGACGCGAUGCGAGGAAGAGGGCGAUGGAGGCCGAGUUGGGUUGGUACAGGAAGACUUGGGGAAUCGAGGCGGACGAAUAG